UAGUCUGGACUCAAUUCACUUGGCAUGAUUACAAAAUGAGAUGGGAUCCCAAGGAAUACGGCAACAUAACGAAUAUACAGUUGCCGAACGAUUUUCUGUGGAAGCCUGACAUAUUGCUCUUCAACAGCGCAGACGAGCACUUUGAUGCCUCGUUUCCAGUAAACUUUGUCGUUUCUUCUAAUGGAAAUGUUCUUCUUGCACCUCCCGGCAUUGUGAAGAUUUCGUGCGAUCUGUCAAUGACGUGGUUUCCAUUCGACGAACAGAUGUGCUUCAUUAAGUAUGGCUCAUGGACCUACACCGGAAGAAAACUAGAUCUUCGCAUUGAUGACACCGACCUCACAGAGAGGCAUAAAAUGGAUCUGACAUAUUAUGUGCCCAAUGGAGAGUUUGAUCUUCUUGCAACACCAGCCGAUCGAAUCGAGUCGACCUUCAACGAUGAGCCCUACAUCGAAGUGUUCUUCAGGAUGCAUCUGAAGAGAAAGACGCUCUACUAUGGUCUGAACUGGAUUGUUCCCUCGAUACUUAUUUCUGUCACCAACAUUCUCGGCUUUACCAUGCCAUCGGAAUGCGGUGAAAAGAUUACAUUACAAAUCACCAAUUUACUUUCUGUUACUGUGUUCCUUGGCAUGGUUUCCGAAAUAACACCACCUACAUCGGAAUCAAUCCCAAUCAUUGCUGUUUUCUUCUCACUUUCAAUGAUGAUUCUGGGGUGUUCGAUCAUUGCUACUCUUGUCAUUAUAAAUAUACAUUUUCGAUCUCCGCAGACACAUCAGAUGGGAAAAUGGACACAACUCAUCUUCCUUGAAUGGUUACCCUGGGUUCUUUUGAUGUCACGACCUGGUAAAACGUUCGUUCGACCUUCCAAAGUUGCCCAAUCGCAACAGGGAAGCCGGAGUGCCAGUGCAAGCGAGACUCGAAGUUCACCUCACAUCGCUUUCUUGCAGAAGACCAGUGGCAAACAUGUGGUUCUCAUAGAUGACGAAGAAAGCGAAUUACUUACAAAUGGAGACAUCCAUCGACUGGAGAAAGUUCGAGCUCUGCGGCCACAUCUGUUGAGAAGUUCAGAGUGCAUAGUCGAGCACAGCGCAAUCGAAAAUGGAAUCAAGGAGAUUAUCCGAUUGCUCAACAAUUUUAAGGAGAAACUGGACGAGGAGGAACGCGAAUCCGACAUGCAAGCUGACUGGAAGUUCACCGCCAUGGUCAUCGACCGCCUCUCGCUCUACCUUUUCACGCUGCUAAUCGCCGGCACCACAGCUCUCGUAUUUUUGUCCACUCCCCGUCUAUUCGUGCAUUCACCUAUUUACUAGGUCCAGCUUAGAAGAUCGACAGGCUAGGUCUGGGAGGUUUAUUGCUAACUACUGUGUUCUUGCGGUGCCGAAAUUUUGCGGCCAAGUUUGCGCGUGAACUAUUAGUAUUAGCCAGUAAUGCCGGCCUUUUGCGCGCACACAAUGCCGGCAUUAUUGGCGUGACUACUUCACGCACAAAUUUUGCACGCGAAUUUGGCACCGCAAGCGCAC